AUGGCAGCUAAAGCUCUUCUUGUUAUUUGCGCUCAGGCUCUUCUCAUCCAGGCAUCGAUUGCCCAAUCCAUUUCAAGACUUUCUGGAAACUCCCUCGUCGACAACAUUGUGAUCGGCAGUGCCGCACCAAGCUAUGGCACCAUCAACUUAGGCGGCAGUGGCUUAGCUAGCGGAUUUGGCAGUAGUAGCUUAUACAGCGGCAGUUUGCUUGGCAGCAGUGGCUUAUCCAGCGGCAUAGUUGGCUCUGGCCUCGCCAACUCUGGCUCAAACUUGAUCAACGUUGGAGGAUCUGGUCUUACCGUAGCUUCUGGUGGACCUUUGAUCGUGACUGCUAUUUCGCCAAUCGGCCCGAGUGGUUUGGCUGUUGCCACUGAGAAUGCUAUCGAAGGAAUCUUGACUGUGAACGGCCAGUUGCCUUACUUGAGCGCUGUGGCGUUCGAAGGUGGCCUGCCAACGACUGGCUCUGGCGUGGCCACUUGCGGUUGUGGCAGUGGCACCGUUGGCAUCACCAGCGAAGGCUUCGCUAGAGGUCGAGGCAUAUUGUACUAA